UCCUACCUUCACCGUCGUCCAGCGUAUAAAUAAAACGUCUUCGAACACUCUUCAUCUCUUUUGGCUUUUUCGCUGUUAACAGAGGGUGAUUCCUAUUGCUUUCAGAAGAAGAAGUUGGAGGAGAAGCAUUACAAUCGGCGAGAGGAAAGAGGAGAGACGGCCAUGGAUUUGUUCGCAUCCUGCGUCGGAGGAAAAGAGGACCUUGUAAUUAUCUUGGGGUUGAUAGCAAUGCAGUUGCUCUAUGGAUCUUUUUCUGUGUUCAUGAGCAGAGUUCUUUCCAUGGGACUCAAUCCUCAGUUUGUUGUCAUCUUUGGAAGCCUUCUCGCCGCCAUCGUACUCUCCCCAGUUGCUUUUUUCUUGGAAAAGGGAAAGAGACCAUCCAAGUUAAGCCUAAGGCUGCUAAUCCAAUUUUGUUGCAUCGCGGUUGGGGGGGUGACUGUGUUUCAAUCACUUCUCUUCUUGGGCAUGCACAAGACAUCCUCUGCCACUGCUUCCGCUAUGGUCAACUUGUCUUCUGCUCUCGUUUUCCUCAUUGCUUGGUUUAUUGGGUUGGAGAUGGUGGAUGUGAGGAGUAGGCGGAGCUGGGCAAAGAUUGUAGGCACAUUGGUCUGCUUGGGUGGGGCCGUGACCAUCGCCUUUCGGUGGGGCCCACCCCUGGUCACUUCCGAAAGCCGCAAGGAUGAAAUGAUCAUCGGCUGCAUGUAUCUCCUCGUUGCAGUGUUCGCCCAAUCCUGUUCCAUCAUUCUUCAGGCUGCAACUCUGAUGCACUUCCCAGCGCCUCUGUCUCUCUGCGCCAUAAACUUUUGGCUGGGCUCGGUCUUCACGGCAGUCGUGCAUGUGGUUCAAGGGCGAGGGUUCGACAUGGGCUGGUCCGAACUCAGUGUUGCUGCCCUUUUUGGGGUUGCCGUGAUGGGGGGUUUUGUGGACGGAAUAUGCUUCAGCUUCAAAGCUUGGUCGAUCAAGAAGAAAGGACCAGUCAUUGUCUCUAUCUUCCACCCACUCAGCACCAUUUGGGCAGCCAUCCUCUCGUUCUUCCUUUUGGGCGACUCUUUACGCUGGGGAAGUGUCAUAGGGAUGGUCAUUGUGUUCAUUGGUCUAUAUCUUGUGCUGUGGGGCAAAAGCAAAGACAGAUACGCCCUUCCUCUUGAAGCCAAUAACGAAGCGGAUGUGCUUGAGCAGCAAGAACAGAGAAAACCCUUGCUGGUUUGAAUCAAACUGACUCUGUAGAUUGAGCAAUGUAGGAGUUAGCUGCAUGGUAACAGAUCAAGUAGCGUGGCUUCUUCUGAGCUAACGCCAAUGUGUCGUCGUUAACAUGACGAUGGCGUCCAUGUUGCCGCCAUUGGCAUCUAAUAGAUGCUCCUGUAAGUUGCCUUACAAAUUGACGCAGGAGCGAUUUGUAUUCAUUAUUAUUGUUAUUUGGGUUCGUUUUUACCAUAUUUAAGGGCGUUUAAGCCUCAUUCGUAAGCAGUUUUUCUGUAAAUGAAAAAAUUUGUGUCCCUACUAGCAAAAAGGCUCCUAA